AUGAAUUAUCGCGGCGACAUCCAACAGCGUCAGACAGGAGAUACGAACACGAUCUGCUUGUUUAUUCACUAUAAGGCCGAGAAAGCACGCCAGUUUAAUGAAUGGAAGGAUGAUUCGGUGCGGUACUUGGACGCGUUUGUCAAUGAAGACCUCGAGGCGCUUGGCUUUCCCCCUUGUCACACGUGUGGAUGUACAUGGCGCUCCGCAGUUAUGAGGUAUCUUGGAGGAGGAAAUGUCAUCGGCGUUCCAGGCCGUACGCUUCACCCCGGCGUCGUUGGCGGACCGUUCCAUGGGGCGACGUUCAAGCGCAUAUUUAACAGGUCGCUAAUAAGCCUGAGUAUCAAUGGUGGACGCCUUCACAUCCCUGCUCCAGGCAUGAAGGCUCCGGCCGACACCCUCCCUUCAUCAGCACAAUUCCACAAUCAGUCAGCGUACUUUCCUGAAAGCGGCAAGGCUCCAAGAGCCCCGAGGUCGAUCGCUCUCGCAAGAGCAGCUGCAUCUCCAAUUUCCCGCCCAACUCGACAAGACACGUAUGGCUCAACAAUGCCUCGGAAGUUCACGAACAAGUACCCAGUGUCUGCUGCAUCCCGUAACAACGCCAGAACUCCGUCUGUCUCGUUUAGUCCAUGCUCAACCCCCGAGCCCACCCCACCCAAUUCGACGCUCGCCUCGGCAAUGCCCUCGUCACACGGAGGCGGCACUCCGACACAACCGGCGAAGAGGACGGUUCCACCCGCAUAUACCCAGCAAUCGCAAGUUACAAGGUCACAGUCUGCUAACACCGCAUCCGACCCGACACCGGAUGCGAGUGCGAUGGCAGGCCUGACGCGGUCGCUCGAAGAUGUCGGACGAGAGAUCACCACUCUGGCCGCACGCGAGAAGGUGGUGGUGCAGCGACUAGCACACUAUGGCGUGCGCCCCCCUCCCGAUCCCUCGGUGGUAUCUUUCCGGGAGGUCGUCGAGGAGCGCAAGGCGACGCAGGACGAGAUCUCCGCACUUCGCGCUCAGCUGGAAGCAGAGGCAGAAGCACGCCGCGCCGCGGAGUCCGCACUUCAGGCGGAGCGGCGGCGGCGCGAGCUCGCGGAGGGCGCGCUCAUGGACGUGCGCCGCGAAUGCACCGCCCCGUUCGUCGUCCCCGCGCUUAUGGACGCGUUCCUCGACAUGUCACGCUUGACGGGAGAGCUAUUCGCCAGCAGCGUGGAAUAUCGAACGGGUCGAGGCCGAUAGUGGACAUAAAAGUGUGGUAUAUAUUGGUAUGUAUUUGCGUGGUUCAUACGCUACGAUUUCGGACUUUGUUUCAAUGUACACGAUCGAGCCAAUGGUGGAUGUCAACUGGAGCCCUCACAAAUCCCACACGUUUCUGAAGACACGAUAGGUUGCGCGCACAAGUACAAUGACAACAAUGAACACAAAACUAGGCUGUGGCGAAGUGCGAUACCAGGGAUCCUCUAGAUUGUAUACAACUCUGUGGCUGGCCUGCGCAACCGUCGCAAUGCCCAUAUAUACUCGCUGAACCUCUUAACCUCGAGCCUAGCCCUCUUCCGGGGCGUUUUCACUGAAACCACAUGUCCAUCGAACAUUCAGCUUUCCGAACUGGACGACUCAGGUAACUGGUCACCGUCACCAUCCUCCUCUCAGUCCUCCAUCGUAG